AUGCUGGAGAAUGAUGAAAGAGUGGUCAUCCGGCCCAAAAAUGACCUGGAGACUCUGUUGACCCGCCAUGCAAAUGGCAACACGGACAAACUGGUCACCCUGGUGAACAAAUCCCCGAGCUGGAACGAACAGACUCAGUCGUACGUGCUCAACUUUCACGGACGUGUCACCCAGGCCUCUGUCAAAAACUUCCAGAUCAUCCACCCUGACAAUGAGGACUACAUCGUGAUGCAGUUCGGCCGCGUAGCUGAGGACGUCUUCUCUAUGGACUACAGUUUCCCUAUGUGUGCCCUGCAAGCUUUUGCCAUUACCCUCUCAUCCUUUGAUGGCAAGCUGGCCUGCGAGUGAGCGAUGCUGGUGUGCCUCAAGUGCUUAAAGAGAUCCCCAUACAGGAUCAGUUUUCAUGUUCUGUAUCCUGCCGGACUGUAACACUAACAUUGACAUUUAAUAUGCCACAGACAUCAGAGGAGACUUAUUUCAUAGGGCUGUUUACUAUUUUACCACCACUGUUAAAAUAAGGGUUUACUCUUCAUAUUUCUCAGAUGUGCAAAGAACUUUUCAAAUAUGAAAGAUUACCAUGUGAACACUACCCAUUAAAUAUUGAUUAACAGUAUUAAAAUAUUUGCAAG